AGAAUAGACAACAAAAUGAUUUAAUGGAACCUGAAUUCUUUGUCAACAGGUCUGAUGAUGUUUUUGAGGACAAACAUUUCUGUAAUCAAUCAGAAAAUGUAUCUGGUAGGAGUGCACUCACCACCAGCACAUACUUGUUAUGUAUUUUUAUUGGCUCUUUAUCAGUUCUUAUAAUGUGUGGAAACCUUCUUUUAAUAACCUCCAUCAUUUACUUCAAACAGCUCCACACUCCUACAAACUACCUCAUCCUGUCUCUCGCUGUAGCUGACCUGCUUGUUGGGCUUACAGUUUUGCCUUUUAGCGGGGUACUGGCUUUGAGCUCUUGUUGGUAUCUUGAAGAUUUACUCUGCAAGAUACGAGGCAGCUUUGAUCUCUUUCUGUGCACAUCUUCUAUUUUAAACUUGUGUUCUAUUGCUGUUGACAGAUAUUAUGCAGUGUGUCAGCCUCUGAGGUACAGAACUAAAAUAAAUGUCCGUGUAAUUGUGAUCAUGAUCCUGGUGAGCUGGACUGUUCCUGCUGUAAACGCAAUUAGCAUGACAUUUUUGGGAGUGAACAAAGGACAAUCUAACAGGUGUGUUUUAUUUCAGAAUUUAAGUUCAGCAGUUAUGGCAGUUGUUUUUGGGUUUUAUUUCCCAGCUAUUGUAAUGGUCACUAUCUACUUAAAGAUUCUGAUGGUGGCACAGAGACAGGCACGCAGCAUCCACAACACAACCUGUCAGAGCACAAAAUCUGAAAUUAAGAAGGAGAGAAAGGCCACCAAAACUCUGGCUAUUGUAAUGGGAGUUUUCCUCAUCUGUUGGACUCCUUUUACUCUUUGUGCGACUUUUUAACCCUUUGAGUAAUUACACAAUACCAGCUGCUGUGAUUGAAGCAUUUAAGUGGCUUGGAUGGUCAAAUUCAAUGCUCAAUCCAUUGGUC